UAUCAACUGGAAACAUGGAACGAUACGUAAAUGAUGUUGUUAUGCCUGGUGAUGUAUUGCUAGAAUUAAACACUCUUGAAGGUGCUGGAGAAAAAAUCGUUUUCGGUCCAGGUCUGCGACGUGAAUCAGACAAAAUAAUUGCGUCCAAAUGUGGUAUUUUGAAACAGACUUCUUCAAAAGUAUUUUAUGUUGAUAAUCAUCAGAUGAGGUAUAUUCCAGUUCGUGGGGAUAAUGUGAUUGGUGUUGUUAUCAAGAAAGGUGCAGAUGAAAUUCAAGUUGAUAUUGGCUGUAGUGAACCAGCUGUUGUAGAUAUGCUCAGUUUUGAAGGAGCUACAAAGCGGAAUAAACCAAUGAUAAAGAUAGGAGAUAUAAUUUAUGCUAAAAUAUUAGUUGCAUGUAAAGACAUAGAGCCGGAACUUGUAUGUGUUAACAGCUAUGGAAAAAGUGUUGGAUAUGGUGUUCUUCCUGAUGAAGGUUUUGUGUUUCCUGCAUCUUUAGAAUACUGCAGAAGAUUACUUCUACCCAAUUCUCCAAUUUUGAAGAGACUGGGGGAAAACUUAGGAUUUGAAAUUGCCAUUGGUCUUAAUGGCAGAAUAUGGUUGAAAUCUACUACUAUUGAAAAAACAUUAAUUUUAGUACAAGCUAUUACUGUUCUCGAAUAUGCAACUUCCCAAGAAAUUGAAAAGAUGUGUGAACAAAUGACAUCAAUGAGUGUAACAUAAUUUUGAUUGCUAUAAUAUAUGUGAUGUAAAUAUAGUUUUAUUAAUAAAGUUGUUUUUUUAUA